CAAGCACUCUAGAUGUUUACACUACAAAAGAAAGCGAGGAUUAUACAGUCCAAAUAUCAACUCCUCAAGUUGAUUAAAGUUGAUUAAGAAAGAAGAUAUGUGAACUCAAGUUAAGAAAUCUUCCACUAUUUCCGCCAUCAUUCGAUUCAAUUCGCUACAAUGUACAAACGUGCUAGGAGUUGGAUGUAUCACGACCACUUACAAAAUAAUGAUUUGUCUGAUGAAUUUGAAAGUGGCGUUGAGGAUUUCAUUACAUUUUCAUGUGCGAAUCCGACAUAUAUGGAUGGUACUAAAAUAAGGUGUCCAUGUAAAAAUUGUAAAAACAAGGCAUAUAAAGAUCCAGAGGAUGUUCGAUGGCACCUGUACAAAUAUGGAUUUAUUGAAAAUUAUUUUAACUGGACAUCACAAGGUGAACCUAUUCAUCACGAGCGCUUCGUUGAACGAGAGAAUUUAUUGGCCUCUAUGUCUCGCAACGAUCCCACUCAACGGAAUGAUUAUGAGAAUAUGAAUUGGGAUCAAAGGAUGGUAAACGAUGCUAUUGGUCAGCAUAAUGUUCCAGAGCAUUAUGAUAGCUCUCCAAACAUGAGUGAUGAAGGUCCCAGCGAGUCAUUUUCAACACCAACCACAAAUGACUCUCAAGAUCUUUUUUUUCGUGUGCUUGAAUCUGCGGACCGACCUCUUUAUGGAUGUGGUACAAAGUUCUCACAGCUGCAAUUUGUGUCGAGAUUAAUGAGCAUCAAGGCUGACCAUAAUUGGUCAGAGACUAGUGUGACCGAACUUUUGUUAUUGCUUAGAGACGCUCAUGAAGGCCCUAACACCAUCCCAGAGAGUUUUUAUGCGAUGAGAAAGUUAGUAUCGGAUUUAGGCCUCCCUGUCCAUCAUAUUGACACUUGCAGAUCGGGUUGUAUGUUGUUCUGGAAAGAUGACAAGGACUUACACCAUUGCAAGUUCUGUGGAGAAGAAAGAUACAAGAAUCAGAAAGGUAUAGGUGAUGGUGAAACACGUAAGUUGACAGCCGUAACCACUCUUCGAUAUUUGCCACUUGCACCAAGGUUACAAAGACUAUAUGCUUCUGUUGUUACUGCAAGUGAAAUGACGUGGCAUAAGAACCACGUGUCACAAGAAGACAUGAUGUGUCAUCCAUCAGAUUCACCGGCAUGGAAGCAUUUUGAUACCACAUAUCCUAGAUUCGCUAAAGAGGCACGCAAUGUUCGUUUAGGGUUAUGUACUGAUGGAUUUGCACCACAUGGACAAUAUGGUAAAAAUUAUUCAUGUUGGCCAGUUAUAUUGACUCCUUACAAUCUCCCACCAGGCAUGUGUAUGAAAAGUCCAUAUAUGUUUUUAACGCUGAUAAUUCCUGGACCAAAUAACCCUAAAACAAAAAUUGAUGUUUACAUGCAACCAUUAAUUGAUGAAUUGAAGAUGUUGUGGGAGACAGGAGUUGUUACUUUUGAUGCCGCACGUAAUGAAUUAUUUAGGUUGCAUGCUUCUGUACUAUGGACGAUUAGUGACUUUCCUGCGUAUGGUAUGCUUUCUGGGUGGAGUACGGCUGGGAUAAUGAGUUGCCCUAUAUGCAUGGAGAAUACAAGUGCCUUUUAUCUAAAGUAUAGUAGAAAGCCAUGUCACUUUGACUGUCAUAGGAAGUUCUUGCCUCUUAAUCACUCUUACCGAAGGGAUAAAAUGUCUUUUUUAAAAGAUAAGAUAGAGAGAAGUGCACCACCACCUCGUCUGAAUGGAAGAGAGCUUUGGGCGCGUGUCAGAUCCAUUCCAUCGGCAAUAGAAGAGCCCAAUGAAAAACCAAGUGGGUAUGGAGUAGAGCAUAAAUGGACUAAACAAAGCAUUUUUUGGGAGCUUCCAUAUUGGAAAAACCUACUUAUUAGGCACAACUUGGAUUUGAUGCAUACUGAGAAGAACGUUUUUGAUAAUAUUUUUAAUACCGUGAUGGGUGUAAAGGGUAAAACAAAAGAUGGUUUGGUGUCAAGAAAAGAUGUUGCUUUGUAUUGUAGUCGUCCUGGCAUUGAGGUUCAAAGUGAUUCUGUGGGGCCUAUAAACAAAGCUGUGUACACAGUUACCCAUACGCAAGCCCAAUGCAUUCUGGAAUGGAUUACGUCCCUACAAUUUCCAGAUGGAUACAUGUCAAACUUAAAAAGAUGUGUGAACUUUGACGAGUCACGCUUAAUGCAUAUGAAGAGUCAUGAUUGUCACGUGUUCAUGCAAAGGCUGAUACCUAUAGCAUUCAGAGAGAUGCUUCCGCCUCAUGUUUGGGGCUGCCUUACCGAGAUUAGCAUGUUAUUCCAGACACUGUGUUCAGUUGUUCUUGACACCAAAGCUAUACAAGAUCUUGAAAGGACUGUACCUAUACUUAUGUGUAAUAUGGAAAAGAUUUUUCCUCCUGCAUUUUUUGAUCAUAUGGAACACCUCAUUAUUCACUUGCCAUAUGAAGCCAAGGUUGCUGGUACAGCACAAUACAGAUGGAUGUACGUUUUUGAAAGAUUCCUUCGAGAGUUGAAGAAAAAAGUGAAAAAUAAAGCGCACGUUGAAGCAUCUAUUUGUCAGGCGUAUAUAACGGAGGAGAUUUCCACAUUUGCAUCAUACUACUUUGAGAGUCACGUAAGAUGCAAACGGCGGCGUGUUGGGCGAAAUGAUGACAUCGGAGGUGCAAGAUCAAGGGGAGCUUUUUCAAUUUUUAACUAUCCUGGUCGAGGAUCUGGAAAAGAGCAUCAUCGGUUUGUCGUUGGGGAGGAGUUACAAAUCGCUCAAACAUAUGUAUUAGUGAACUGCCCUGAAGUAGAUCCAUAUUUAAGGCAAUUUAUUGAAAACUUUCAAGGUCAAGAUGAGAGUGAACUCGAUAAAUUGAUAUCUUCUCAAUUCGCACAAUGGUUCAAAGAUUUUGUACAUUCUCCUGUUAAUGGUAUUAGUGAUCCACUUUUAUCUUCUCUGGCUUGGGGCCCAAAAUCUCGUGCAACUACUUGGCCUAUGUAUUUCAUUAAUGGGUAUAAUUAUCAUACUGUUGAAAGGGGAUUGAAUAAAGCAACAUACAAUAGUGGUGUGUGUGUUCGCUCUUCCAAUUACGCCAAUUCUGAUACCGAUUGGUAUGGCUCUCUUGAGGAUAUUAUCCAGCUUGACUAUCCUGGCCCACUUGGAUUACAUGUUGUCUUAUUUAAAUGUUCAUGGAUUGAUCCUAUCAGGGGGGUAAGAAAACAUCACAAGUACAACAUUGUAGAUGUUAAUUUUAAGUACAAGUACAAAGUGAAUGAGCCAUUUAUUCUAGCCCAACAAGCCGCACAAGUUUACUAUGCAAGCUAUCCAUCUAUGAGAAAAGGAAGUGAUUGGUUGUGCGCAUGCAAGACAAGUGCAAAAAGGACACUGAUCGAAAAUGUAAAAGAAGAUGAAUUUGCAUAUCAGCCUAAUGAACCAGAUGCAGUGCCCCAAAUCGAGCCGAUUGAGACUAUGCCUCCUUUACGUGAUCCCAGUGGCAUUGAGUUACAUGUUGAUCCUGAGGAUGCCAUUGAGCCAACUAACGCGGGUCAAGAAGAUUCCGAUCGGGAUGAAGGUAAUGGUUCUGAUGAAAGUGAAGAUGUGGAAGUUGAAGUUGAAGAUGAAGGAUUUUAUUAGUUAUUUUUCAC